AUGCAAGCCCAGCUGAAGAAGAUUACGUCUCAGAUGCAUCGUGUAACAAGCGCGACACCGGAGCUGGAGACCGUUCUGGCAGAAGCACGACAUUCGCAAUUCACCUCAAGGGUUUCAGGUGUCAGAGUUAGACGCAAUCCUGACACCAGCAAGAACAAGCCAAUACCGUAUGACGGAAAGGGAGAUCCCACGGUCUUCCUGAAAUCGAUGUCCAUUCACAUCGGCAGUUCGUACUUCUCACCAGAAGAGGAGCACGCGGGAAGUUGUCAGUUGUUCGUCGAGAGCUUGACUGGCGAAGCAUUGAACUGGUUCUCAAGGCUGAAGGCUAAUUCGAUCGAUGGCUAUGAAGCACUGACAACCGCUUUCCUCCAGCAUCACCAAUGCUUCAUGCGUGCGCCCGCGUCAAAUGCUGACUUGUGGAGAAUGUAUCAAAAGCCUAACGAGUCAUUACGGACUUUCAUGGAAAGAUUUAAAGGUGUCGUAUCCCAACUCGCUAUAAGCGACAAGUCCGCCAUCGGUGCGUUGAAAAAAGCACUCGCUCGUGGCACCAGAUUCAAAGACGACUUAACAAUCCUCUCCGUCACAAGCUUAGGCGAAGUACUUACGCGUGCUAAUCGGUACAUCCAAGUUGAGGAGGAUGAAAGGAACCCCGACCAACCAAAAAUUCCCGAAAAAAUUCCAAGUUCGAAAAACAAGGCCGUAGAAGAAUACUACGAGCCACGACAGCAUUACACCAGAGACUACGCCAAAGGCGAAAAAGGAAGGAAGGCAACGAUGUUCGCUAUCGAAGGCAACGAGCACCAGCAAGGCAAACGUUGGAACAAGUACGAUCGUGAAACUGAUGGUCAUACCUACAAGGGCAAACGCGAUCAGCAACAACACGAAAGGCAGCGUGCAGAGGAAGCAGCAUUACAGAAUGACCGAGCACGAGCUCAAAAUGACCGAGCACGAGAAAUCGCUCGCCUGCCUCCUCCCCCGAAACAAAACCAUGAUGUGGAAGAACACGAUGAACCACCAGCACCUCGCCGAAGGAUCAACAUGAUCAUGGGCGGCUUGUCAACGUGCCGCGACUCUGUACGGUCGAUCCAAGCCUACUGUCGCGAAACAGAAGUAAAGCGCAACUUUCCCUCCCACACCAACAUGUUCAAAACAUCCUCCGAUCCAAUUAUGUUUACUGAAGAAGACGCACUUAACGCGAGUCCCAACAACGACCCCCUUGUCGUAGAAAUGAUAAUUGGAGAAAGCUCAGUAACGAGAAUUCUCAUUAACACCGGAAGCUCGGUUAAUCCUUUGACGGGAUUCGACGGAGACACUAUAAUGACUGUUGGAACUAUCACGCUUCCAAUCUAUGUUGGCGGUACGAUGCACUGCUUCAACUUCGCAAUUGUAGACAAACCCAUCGUCUACAACGUCCAUCUGGGAACACCGUGGCUUCACAAGAUGCGCGUCGUGGCUUCUACCUACCACCAAUGUGUCAAGUUCCCAAACGCGUACGGAAUCUAUACGCUGCGCGGAGAUCCUCUAAUGGCACGAACUUGUUUCAUCAUCGAGAAGAAGAUGCGAAACGCGAGAGCUUUCGUGAUUGCCGAAUCAGCACCACCACGAGACCCACGCACACCACCUUCAGAAGAAUCUGUGAUUCAAGUCAACAUCAAUCUGUCUGAUCCCAAGCGUUGCGUCGGGAUAGGCGCCGAGCUACCAAUAGCCCAGAGGGACGAGCUCGUUAAGUUCCUACAUUAA